GGAGCAAAGGGAACAUGCAUUAACCAUAACCUCAAUUGGAAUGAAAACUUGAAGGGUACGCAGUAUCGAAGAUGGAACGAAAUGAAAAAUAAGGAUGUGGUACGAGUAUAGAAUAAACGAGCCUGGAAAGUGGUUGCGUCGCGUGUGUUCCGAAAAACCGCGGUCGUCUGUGGCAGUGGCACCCUUUCACAGCUGUAUAGGCGUCGCGCGCAUCUCAUUCGACUCGUUCCGCGACAGCAGAAAUCAAGAUGGCGCUCCUCUGUUUGCGGAUAGUUCUGCGACGGAUAUAAAUACGUGAAAAAAACAGUGCGAGAAACGGUUACGGGCAAUUGAGUAGGUCGUGGCGAUCGGUAUACGCUAAUCGUAGAGUGUUGGUCGGCUGGUAACGCGUCGCGAUAACUGUAAAUCACGAUAGCCGGUUAAGCCGCUGCGGUAUUUCGAACGUCGGCGAAGGUGCUGUCGGUGCCCACCUGAGGAAUGCCAGAUUAUCCUCGCUACGGCAACUCGCUCGGCAGGGGGAUGCUAAUCGCGUGAGGGAUCGCGUGCAAGUUGAUCGAAAGUGUUCUCGUUGGUGAUCCCCCGCCAAGGUGUACGGUCGUUUUCUUCCGUGACGUAUGUGUGUCGCGGAGGGUUGCGAGACAGGUCGGUCGCGAGUGUCGUCGUCGUCGUCGUCGUCGUCGCCGUCGUCGCUGUCGUCGUGGUCGGGUCCGUGCUCGUGUUCGUGCUUGGUGUGCCGCGAGUGGCGUUUUUCGCGGCUUCGAUGCGCUCUCGUCCUCCCCUGGAUUUCUGGACAGGCGAGAUCAGCUGCUGCUGGAACAACUAGUCCGGCGGCUCCGGGAGACGAUACCCUUCGACAGGAGCGGUGGGGCAAGGAGGUGCCGGAAGCAGCCGCGAGUCCGGAAGCAUAACGAAGAAGAUGGCCUUCAACGAGUUUAUCCAAAUUAUGCACCGCGGCGACGAAUGAAAUUGCGGAUCCCUGGACGGACGAUUAAUCGUUUGACCACCGACGACCGGUCGGCGAAAAGGGCGAAAAUGUUCGUCGCUAUGGUAUUGCACAAGCACAGCAAGCACAACAAUGGGAACCACUCGAACCAUCAUUCGAGCAACAACAAUACCACCCGCACAACCAAUAACCUGAACAACAAUCACAUCAACAAUAACGUCACCAAUUUGAAUCAGACCUUCAACGCGAGAGCGAAGGUGGACCCCGAGCUGAUAUUCACGAAACAAGAACGAAUUGGGAAGGGUAGUUUCGGCGAGGUGUUCAAAGGCAUCGACAAUAGGACCCAGCAGGUUGUCGCCAUCAAGAUCAUUGAUCUCGAGGAGGCGGAGGAUGAGAUCGAAGAUAUACAGCAGGAAAUCAUGGUGCUGUCACAGUGCGACAGCCCAUACGUCACCAAGUAUUAUGGGUCCUAUCUCAAGGGAACGAAACUAUGGAUUAUUAUGGAGUACUUGGGUGGUGGCUCGGCCCUGGACUUGAUGAAGGCCGGUAGCUUCGAGGAAAUGCACAUUGCGGUGAUAUUGCGCGAGGUGCUCAAAGGGUUGGAUUAUCUUCACAGCGAACGGAAGCUUCAUCGUGAUAUUAAAGCGGCGAACGUUUUGUUGAGCGAAAUGGGCGACGUUAAAUUAGCAGACUUCGGUGUGGCUGGCCAAUUGACCAACACGACCAGUAAAAGGAACACUUUCGUUGGUACACCGUUCUGGAUGGCACCGGAAGUCAUCAAGCAAGCUUCCUACGAUUCCAAGGCUGACAUUUGGUCGCUCGGCAUCACCGCGAUCGAAUUGGCGAAAGGAGAACCGCCGAACAGCGAACUGCAUCCUAUGAGGGUCCUGUUCCUUAUACCGAAGAACAAUCCGCCUCAACUAACCGGAAAUUACACGAAACAGUUCAAGGAGUUCGUCGAGGCCUGUCUAAACAAGGACCCUGAAAACAGGCCAACGGCGAAAGAGCUGUUGAAGUUCCAGUUCAUCAGAAAGGCGAAGAAAAACUCGUACCUGAUCGACCUCAUAGACCGGUACAAAAAGUGGAAGUCGCAGCGCAGCGAGGAAUCCGAAACGGAGAGCGAGAAUUCGGACUCGGAAGAGUCGAAGCAGGAUAGCGACAUGGACGAACCAUGGAUAAUGACCGUGAAAGGUCCACACGGUGUCAAAGGAUCCGUGGUACCCAUGCUACCGUUGGACGAGCAACCAGCCUCGUUAACCUUAACACACACGCCGAACCACAGGUCCUCGAAUCACAAUCAGCAAACUAAGCCGCACGCCAACGGAGCCUCGAGAUCUCCGCCAAAGGAUUCCACGUUGAAUCAUUACAGGAGCGAGUCGAGGGACUCUGUUCGCGAUGGUCAAGCGAAACACACGCCGUCCCGGCCACACGAGGCCGCGCCACCACCGCCCGUAGACACGCGAGAGAAACGAGAGGAUCGCGAUUACCGGGACUUCGAUCGGGAUCCCUCGUUGAGGGAAUUGAAGGACACGCGAGACACCAGAGACAGCAGAGACAGAGAAAGGGACAGGGAAGGACGGGACAGGGAAAGGGAGAGGGAUAGGGAUAGGGGUAGGGACAGAGAGUUCAGUUCGAGAGAGAAGACAAGGAGCGGGAAACGGGAUGUACCUGUCGUACCUAUGGCAGACCAUAGGCCUGGUGAAGAGAAACAGAGACCGAGGAGCUCCCAGGAACUGAAGCAUCCUCGAAGCGCAGCUUUUUCCGGUGUCCUUUUACCUCUCCUUGCCGAGCUUCAACGGAAGCAUCAAUAUUCGGCAAGAGACAAUAACGGCGAGGGCGGAAGUGGUAUAGGCAAGAAUGGCGGAUCCACGAUAGAGGAACUACGCAGCGCCUUUGAAACAGCGGAACGCGCUUCACCUGGAAUGACGGAGACCCUUAUCAGGGAACUCCUCAAGUCUUUACUUCCUGCCAAUCACUCGGAUGGCCGUUUGUCUAUGCUGAUGGAAAAAGUAAUCCUAAGGGAUACGUAGGGACGCGAGAGGGCGAGGGUUCGCAAGAGAUUGUGGUCCGAAAACAUCCUGACGUUGUAACGAUCCGUUAUAUCUCGUUUAACAGAGUUAUUAUUCCGUACGAGCCGGUACGUUGUUGACGAUUGCCAACUCCGAACGUGAGAGGAGAAGUAGAAGAAGAACGUCGCCGCAACGACCCGGACAUUUUUCUUUAUCUUUGGUCCAGCGUAGGCUAAACUAAGGCAGCCGAACUCGUCAUAGAGCGUUCUUUAUUCCGUCUUCGUUUCUUUCGAAUUCGAUGCAAAGUAUUCGUGGAUUAGUUGCAACACGAAGCUUUGUUUUAAAAAUUACCUCGUUCCAAAAUACGAACGAACGAAUUUUCCAUUUUAACCAGAGAAACUUAGAGAUUUAUCUAUCGCAGUAUAAAGAAAAAGAAAAUGAAAAAAAAAAAAUAUGAAAUUAUACCAUCCAAUUGUCCUCGUACGAGGACUACAGUUACCGUUAUAUAAAAGAAAAAAAGAAUAUUAGUCCCCCACCUAUCCUCGAUCGUUAAAGAUUAGUAUUUGAAAAAAAUUAAGAGGAAAAAGCAAAGAAAAUGUAGGAGAUAGUUGAGAAAUAUUUUUACAAAUCGUGCAACCACCCGUUCAGGAUUCUUCGUACGUUCUUCGUGUUCGGUGUUCGACGCAACCUCAAACAGCGAAAGAUGAUGUAGCGUAGAUUUCAACAAACGUGUCUCUGGUGUAUAACAAGAAAAAAAAGGGGGGAGGGGGGGUUAAUCGUUGAAGGUAUCAUCUUGCCUCGUUGUAGAUACAUCCGGAACAUGCACUAUCACCCAUAUCACUAGAAUGUCUUAAUCGUUUCUAUCUCGCGUUGAUUCCUUUUUAAGUGUUCGAAAAACGAAACGCUUUGAACGGACUGUAAAGUCGGACAAUAUUUAUUUAAGCGGUUUAUAACUGAACGGAGGGGGAGAAAGUUGAAUUAGCAGAGGCAGAGGAGAACUGCUGUUUAAACGAACGCCUUCCUGUUGCUUCCUGGCGUUAGUGCACGUUUCGGAUCCGAUGGAGAAUCGAGAAAGGAAGAAGAGCAGCGCCUCCACGAUCCGGAGGCUUUGUAAAUAUGUAUGUAGCACGAUAAGAUAGUCUUAUUGUUCUAACGAUCGACGUCUCUGCCAGUCGGUUGCGCAGCUCCGUAACGCGAUCCUCUUUUACCCUACACUUUCUACCAUUAACAAGGAACAUCAGCUAAUUGACCUCUCCCGAUUUUUAUGAAAAAUUCGCAGGCUUGUAGAACAGGCAAAAACACGUUAUUCAAAGUAUAAUUUCACCCUCUUAAAGUUGAAUCUCCAUCAAUAUAAAAUAGUUAACUCUUAGUUUCGUCUGAUCUGAAAGCCUGCAAAGUUUCAUCCAACUUAAAACUACCCCUUUGGCUGAUAUUUCUUGUCCAUUUCCGUCUCAACGAAGCAGAGUGCGCGAAGGGUGGAAAUUCAUUGUCAGACGCGAGUUCGAUUAAGAAAACAUAGCGGUAAGCGGUAUUCUAUUCGAGCGAGUGGUAGCGCGCGAAUCAAACGGAGAAUUUAUGCUUUUGUUUUCACUUCUUUCACCCCGUGAACAGGGUGUUCUUCCACUAGUUUCGCCCGGGUAGAGUUCUUCGUCGAGCCGUUCCACGAUCGAGCCUGAGCUGUGAUAACUCCCGCGAGACGUCGGCACUUAAUCCACGUUGUUUGUAAACUAAUGUAUUUUAUAAAGUAUAUAUUAUAUAUAUAGAAAGAGAGAGAGAGAGAGAAAGAGGUACGAAGAAAUUCUUCGUGAGGAAAGAUAGAAAGCAGAGAAAUUAAAAAUAAUCUCAACGGAUACAAGCUGGAUGAUCGCGAACGAUAACGUCCGUUCGUGUGCCAUCCUUCCGGAUUGAAACGAAGAAAUUGUAAGAGGGUGAUAGAAUGCAAGUGAGAGAGAGCAAGGGAACGCGUGUGUGUGUAAAAGAGUGAGAAAGAGAAGAGAACGAAAAAUAAAAGCGUUUAGCGUUGCGCGAGGGUGGAAGUUAACGUAAAAAGUUGUAACGAGAAGAUUAGUAUUAAUUAACAGGAAAUCGUGCUGAAACGAACAGAGAGGUGACAGAGAGACCUAACUAUCGUAAGCACGCAAAUACAUGUUACGUAGUUGCGUUUUAUUCCAGUCAGCGAGACGGUCAAUGGGAGAGAACCGUAUGAACUCCUGCGAUUAUUAUUAUUAUCAUUAUUAUUAUUCUUAUUAUUAUUAUUAUAUUAACAUUGCCGGCGACGAUGAACGAUAUUAAUUGUUAGAACGUGAACACCUCUGAUCUCCGCUUUUUACCACUCCCUUUUGUUUUCUUCUCUUUUUUUCUUUAUCGAAUUGUUCCCGUUCUUUUCCUUUCUUUUUAUUCCUAAACCGUGAAGGAACGAAGAGACGGAAGGGAACAAUAUCGUAGGAGGAUCUUUACUAUUCUUUAGUUGAAUUACCUUAGUUAAUAUCGCUACACUUGUCUUACUGUUAAUAUUACGAAUUUAUUCAACUCUUUAUUUGUUGUUUCACCGUUGGUUUAGGUUUUCUUUUCGAUGACUUUUUACGACGGUCGCUACACCCCACCCCGCCACCCCUCCCACGAGUCAUCCUCAUGAAAAGCUGCCAUAAACGCUUACCGGCUACGCUCUAAAUAAUAAAGAACUCAGAAAACUCGAAACAAUUUUCAACGAAUUAUCUUCCCGUAUCUCUUCUUCCGAUCCUAGCAACGAACGACCACGCCGAUACGGUUGAUAAACGCGCGUCGAACCUUUCGAUCGUCUGGAUCGUUUUAACUUUCUGGAAUCGAACGAGUGCUGCUUCGAUUUCUUUCUCGUCCGCUCGAACACUAUCUCGAUCGCGUGUCGAACGUAUGGCUGUGUAUGCGAGCGUGUUUUAACCCCUUGACGCAUCCUGGCAAUAUUCUUUUCCUAAAAAUUAAAAAUGUUAUGUCGCGCCAAGGGGUUAAUUUCCGGGGCGUAGCGGUCGAUCUCUUGUGUCCAGACGGACGGAUAACGGUCGGUCCAUCAUGGAAAUUCUCAAAGGGGUGGUUCACCACGGACAUUCAUAUUCUUCGCAAAUAUUAGACCUUUUGUUCUCGUUUAACACGUUGACUAUCGUAAAGAUAAUUAUUCCAAGUCAACGCGUUGAUCGCUUUCGACAGCAAUAAAUUAAAUAGCGCGUUCUAGUUCCAUUAAUCAAGAUUUGACGAAUGUUAAUAUUUAGACGGUGUCCGAUAAAAAUUCGAAACGUUCUCAAGAGAGUUCCUCUCUGAAUUUGUGCACGCUCGUAGAAAGAACCAAGUCGAACAUGUUUCUUUUACCUUUCGUUCCAUAGCCAUACGUUUACGAAAAAGAGUAUAUUUUUGUUUUUUACGUGAACCAUGCUUUUAUCGAAUAUUUACGAAAGAUCGAUCGUUCAAGCUUAUCUUCCUUGUGUAAAUCGUUUAAGAGCUGUGAUUUCGAGUUUCGUUUUAUAUUUGAUCAAUUUGCAUACACGACGAUACAGAAUGAGAAUCGGAGAAAGAUCGCGAUCGUUUCUAUUGAAAGGCGAUCUGCACCACGUUCAAUCCGAAUUACGUGUCCUACUGUAACCCAAGCACUCUUCUUUGUAUUAUAUUCUUAGCUAUUAUCCAAUAAUAUAUUCAGCGUUAUAAAAUCGUGGUAACAAUAACAUUAACUAUCGACGUAGAAUAUAAAUAUAUAUAUAAAUACAUAUAUAUAUAUUUUUUGUAUUUUACUUCUACCUUGGCUGCAUUGGACUGUAUUAUAUUGAUUGUAUGUGGCAUGCUGAGGGCGUGUACAAAUACGAAAUAAAGAUUAAAUAAAUCAUGAAA